AUGCAAGAAGCCACAGAGAAGGGUUAUCAACUCGGAGUUGAUGUUGGCGGGACAUUCACAGAUGUUUACGUGUUCACCCCGCAUGGACAAACUGUGCGGGCAAAGGUCCCAACAACCAUCCCAGACCAAAGUAUAGGGAUCCAACAGGGUAUUUCCAAGGCCCGUGAACUACUCAAUGAGCAGUUCGGCUGGUCGGGGACUUUCCAAUUCAUUCACCAUGGCACGACGACCGCAACAAAUGCAGUCCUCGAAGGGAAGGGCGCCCGCACCGCGCUAGUUGUGACGGCUGGCCAUAAGGAUAUAUUGGCUUUGCGUCGGUCUCAGAUCCCAGGUGGACUCGGUGCGUGGCUGCACUGGACUCCACCCGACCCUAUAGUUCCACUUGAGCGAGUCGUUCAAUGUAAAGAACGCAUGUCCGUUCAGGGCGAAACAGUAACGCCAGUUGAUGUUGAGGAUCUGCGACAAAGCCUGAAAGAGCUGGCGCGACAGAAACCAGAAGCGGUCGCUAUCUCCCUGCUGAACUCGCAUAGCAACGAGGCUCAUGAACGCGUGGUUGCACAAACAGUCCGCGAGGAACUGGGGGCCGGUAUCGCCAUUAUUUGUUCUACAGAUGUCUUGCGUGAAGUCGGAGAGUAUGAGCGGACGGUCACAACCUGCACGAAUACGCUGGUAAAGCCGGUUGUUGAGAAAUACCUGCACAAUCUGUCUGAGGCGCUUGCGACAGAAAGUGAAGCCAUUCGGGUUCUCAAGAGCGAUGGUGGAUUGACCAGUCUGACUCUUGCUUCUGAGCUACCAGUCAACAUCCUCAUGUCGGGACCUGCAGGAGGCGUCAAGGGAGUGGCAGAUGUUGUGGCUCGGAGUACUCCGUACAAGAAUCUGAUUACCUUGGACAUGGGAGGAACUUCUACCGACUGCGCACUAAUUUACAAUGGCCAGCCUCAGCUCCGACGAGAGACUGUUGUAGAGAGUCUUUCUGUUCGGGCGCCCGCAGUUGAUAUUAAGACCGUCGGGGCUGGUGGAGGGUCAAUCACAACUUAUAUGGAGCUCACGGAGACCCUGCGGGUAGGCCCCGAGAGCGCAGGCGCAUCACCCGGACCUGCAUCUUAUGGAAAAGGCGGAAAGCAAGCCACUGUCACGGAUGCGAAUCUGGUCCUGGGGUAUUUGCCCAAAACAUUGCUGGGUGGCGAGUUCGCGUUGGAUGUCCAGGCUGCUAUAACUGCUGUCGAGGAUAUUGCGAACCAGAUGAAGCUUCCGGUCAUUCAAACAGCCGAGGAUAUCAUCACAAUCAUCAAUGAGACAAUGUAUGGUGCCUUGCGUCUUGUCUCUGUGGAGCAGGGCUAUGAUCCUCGUGAAUUUGCACUGGUCGCUUUCGGUGGCGCCGGCCCUCUGCAUGCAAACGCCGUGGGUCAACUUCUUGGGGCCUGGCCUGUGAUCAUCCCGCCUUCGCCUGGAAUUCUAUGUGCACAGGGUGAUGUGACCACUAAACUUAGACACGAGCAAUCCGCCACCUUCAUCCGUAUUGUCUCCGGAACCACGAUUUUCGAGGCGCGGGAACAGUACCAAACGCUGGAGCAAGAGUGCCGGGAUACCUUGUCGAGGACGGCGGGUGAUCUGUGGCCCUUGUCAUGGAAAACUGCAUACCAAGCAGAUCUCCGGUACAAAGGCCAAGCUUUGAUGAUAACAAUUGAGCUCACUGAAGAAGACUUGGCCCUGACUACUGAUAAAUGGCAUGAUGUGUUGCGGCAAAAGUUCGACCAGCAGCACCAGCAAAUGUUCACUUACUGCUUACCCGACUUUGAGCUUGAAUUGAUGAGACUGGGAGUUGUGUUGGAAGACGCCUCGCCUGGUAUUGACAUUCGUCAAGUUGGCAAAGCCACAAUCCCCCCUUCAGACGCAAAGAUUGGUGAGCAGAAUAUCAUCGUCCAAGGCGAAGAGAAAUUGGCAACCCUGUGGGAUCGUCAGAAGAUUAGCAAGCAAGGUAUUCAAGUAACGGGUCCAUGUAUUAUCUCCGAAAUGGACAGCAACACGCUCAUCUUGCCUGGCUACUAUGGUGAGAUCGAUAGCAUAGGGAAUAUUUUGAUCAACCCUCUGGAAAAGAAGCCUACCGCCGCUACCACACACACUGCCGACUCAGCCAAAGAGCUUGUCAAGAGCACUCCGUUGAUUCCUACACUGAUCUCCUCGACACUGGCCUCCAUUCGCGGCGAGAUGGACAAGAUGAUGUUACGAUGCAGCAUGUCCCCUGCCAUCCGAGAGCAGCAGGAUGAAUUCAAUGUCAUCACCGACCGUGAGGGCAAAAUGCUGGUUGGUCAGUUUGGCAGUUUCAUCACCCAGUUCCUCGAUGUUUGGGAUGGUACAAUCGAGGAGGGGGAUGUGUUUAUUACCAACGAUACCUACCAAGUGCAGGGCGCCAUCAGCCACCUCAACGACAUCAUCGCCUUUUUGCCUAUUUUCCACAACGGUCAGAUCAUUGGAUUCGCAUCGCAAUUUGGCCAUCUGACAGAUGUUGGAGGUAUCGUUCCCGGAAGCAUGUCAAUCAACGCGACAUCCGUCUUCGAUGACGGUGUCCAGAUUCCAUGCAUAAAGCUUUAUACCCGUGGUGUGAUGAACACAGAUCUGGUCGAUCUUCUUUGUCGAAACUCUCGCCAACCGGCAUGGUAUCGCUCUGAUCUGACUGCCAUUGUAGCAUCCUGUUCUAUGGCUGCCACCAGAGUUCGAGAGUUGGCCACCCGUUUCGGCACUGAAGUAUACCUGGCUGCGUGCUCAGAGCUGCUGUACCGGAACCGAACUGGAUUCGCAAAGAUUAUCGAGCGCCAAUUCGAUGAUCUGGAAAGCAAAUUCACUGACUUCGUCGAUGAUGAUGGUCAUGGUGUUGGACCUUGGGCACUCACCUGCUCCAUGAAAAAAGUAGAGGGCAACCGGCUUCAAUUUGACUGGAGUGGCACUUCUCCACAGAGCGAGCAUAGUAUCAACUUUUAUCUCUCAGAGACAAUGUUCAGGAUGUUCAUUGGGUACUACCUCAUUGCAGCCGCUGCCCCGGGCACGGUUAUCAAUGACGGUUUCCAUGACUUGAUUGAUGUGCACAUCCCCGAGGAUCAGUCCUCAAGCCUGUUCGCCCUGCGCCAAUCUCGUGCCGAACUCACUUCCUCGGUCGGACCUUGGACAUUGUUUCAAACCGGACGGGAGUGGUACCAGCUCUACCAGAUUGGAUUCGGAGGCGUGCCUGCACGGCAAGCCGGCGAUGGCCCUGAUUGCCACUGUCUCUUCCCCGCCAUCAAGUCCAUUCCGACAGAAAUAAUAGAGCUCAACUACCCGUUGCGUAUCGAGGCUAAUGAGAGCGUCGCCGACAGUGGUGGCGCCGGAUUUUAUCGCGGUGGUAAUGCUCAGCGCACGCUAUACCGUUUCCUGGCUCGUGGGGAGUUCAGUCUCCACGAUGACCGGUGGUUCACCAAGCCAUGGGGGUUGAAGGGUGGAAAGCCAGGACAACGAUCCCGUAAAAUGCUCUACCGUCCGAGGACAUGUGAUCAUAUUCGCGUCGACCCGGGUGAUCUUCUCGAGUGGGUGACCUGGGGUGGGGGUGGAUUGGGUGAACCUUUGACACGUCCGGCAGAAAAGGUUGCCCUGGAAGUACACCGGAAGCUUGUCACGGUUGAGGGAGCUCGUAUUGCGUACGGUACCGUUGUCAACGACGAUUUCACUGUAGAUGCGGCUGAGACCGAGGCAUUGCGGGCCCAGAUGCGGAUGGAACGUAGCCAGGUUAGUGAGUCCUCCAUCUAUGACCGCGGUGGAAGCCUCGAGCAGUUAAGAGAAACAUGUCUGCAAGAGACUGGACUUGAUGCCCCGUUGCCUCAGUGGGAAACCGAAAUUUAUGGUCCUCAUGCCGGGUUGGAAUAUGUGCAGGACUGGUUCAAUGGGAUGCGGUCACGCAAAGGUUGGGAGCUUAACUAG